AGAGAUAGGCAUGCGCAGUUAGCCCUGUCAGGCCCUUGGCCCCUCCUCCCCACUCCUCGCCUUGCCCGGUUCACCCCGGGCUGAGUCAGGAGUCCAGCUGGUACAGGCUGGAGGGAGAUUCAGUGACUUCCUUGUUGUGAGUCCCGGCCUGGCAGUGUCCGGACUCGUAUCCCCGCUGUCCUUCCUCGGACCGCUAGCCCGAGUAUAGGUCACAGCCACAUCCCCACCCAGACGGUCACCCUUUCAGUGUAGGUCCUUUCCCUGCGCGCUCUGUGCUAACAUGCCCAGUCCCAGCAGCACCUCCUCUCCCUGCUCCCUCCCCGACGAAAUUAAGAACCUGUUGGCAGAUGUUGAAACAUUUGUAGCAGAUAUACUGAGAGGGGAAAAUUUAUCCAAGAAAGCAAAGGAAAAGAGGGAAUACCUUAUUAAGAAGAUAAAAGAUGUCAAGGCUUCUUAUCUUCAGGAAUUUCAAGACAAAGGGGAUGUGGAAGAGGGGGAAGAAUAUAAUGACCCUUUUGCUGGGACUCCAGAUACAGUUUCUUUAGCCUCAGAACGAUAUGAUAAAGAUGAUGAUGCCCCCACUGAUGGUAUGUGACAUUUUCCCAUAGCAUAUACCUCUUAACACUUUCACACAAGGCAAUGCUAUGUGUAGAGGUGAAGG